AAAAAAGGAAGUUAAUUCUAUUUCACUUUCUUUUCUUUUAUUUAAUUUAUUUGCAAGGUUUAAUAGAGUUUUCUUUUGUUUUAGAUUUUUAUUUUAGUAAUUGAAAUAAAAAUUGAAUUAUCUAUUGGAAGCUUUUUUCGGAACGGAAUCGUUCCUUUGAGAUGUCGCUUCUUUCGUUAUUAUAUCCUAUGGCGCACUGUAUUCAACAGGAUGAUAUUUAUAGACACGGGAGUCUCGUGCAUACCUACAAGAACGAUUCAGGCGUCAAAAUUUUAUUUCCAAGUUUUUAUUCAAAAAAAAAAAAAAAAGUUAUAGUUAAGUUAUUUGAAAUUUCAAAUUAUCACUCAAUUCUCUAAAUUGUCGUAGAGAAUUAUUAUUUAUAAUUCAAAAAUUUGAUUCAUGAAACCGUUGAAAUCUCUUCUUAUAAAUUUGUAAUGCAUCGAAUUUUGUUCAUCUCAGCGACAUUUCAAAAAUAUGCAAUUGCACAAAGUGAAUUUCCCUUGUGUUAAGUGACAAUGUUUUUGAUAAAAUAUUUUUCUAUCAUUUGUGUUUUUUUAACAAGUCAUGUUCUUUGAUUGGAUGUCUAAAAUUGAUAUUAAUAAUAUUGAAUUGGAAAAAUUUUUUUUUCCUAUUUACGGAUUCAUUUUUUGGAUUAAAAAAAAAAAAUUUUUGAAUUUGACCUAUUUGUUUAAUGUCCUUCGAUACUGAAGGAAUAUGUCGAAUCAUACGCAGACUUUGUUGUGCUCGGUGCCAAAUGUUUUUCUGUCAAACUUUAAUAUUUCGUUCUUGGAAAAUGUUGAAAAUUUUUCGAAUUUUCUUGCUGGAAUUUCAAAAUUAGUAUUAUAAUUGAUAAUUUAAUAAGCUUUCAAAUCAAUUAUUUUACAUUUAAAUUUUUGAAAUUAUUCAGUGUAUUGAGAAUGUUUAAAAAUUAAAGGUUUGAAGAGUUUUGUAUUUAAAUAAUUAUCAAAAAUUUGAAAUAUUCAAGAUAAAAUUGGAAUGAAAAAAAAAAUUGAGGAUUUAUUGUUUUUGGUAUCAGCGAUAUUGUAAAAAUAAAAGUUAAUAAAACUGAUUCGGCAUAUAGUGGUCCAAGUGGAUGAUAUUAAUAGACUCGACAGAUUCACGUAAACUUUCAACGUAUCGGACAUCUUGGAGAUGAGAGCACAUCUCUCUUAUUUGAGACAAGUAUAAGUAAAAAUCGAAUCCGUCUCUGGAGAGAGAGAGAGAGAGUGAUAUUAAGCGAAAAUCAGAUGCCAAAGAGAUGACUUGGAUCGAUUACCUCGUGCUCCGAGGUAAACGUAAGACUUUAUUUUGAGGUGAACCUUAACAUGCGAAUGAGUCAGUUCAUUUCAGUUUGUGAAACAUGAAUUUGUUACACAUGUUGUGAUAGUAACACAACUAGACGAAAAAAAAAACAUAAAAACAAGAGUGGGGAAAAAAAUAGAAGAAAAGAUGACGACAACGUGAGAUGUGAAGAAAGAAAGGAGGAUAUUGUCUAUUUAUUUCUACUCUUCAUUCAAAAAAAAUCAAUUGAGACAAGAUGAUGUUCACUGGCGGUUCACAUGCUAAGAGAAGAAAUGCCGGCGAUGGAUCUGCAAGAAAAUCAUCUGUGGAACAUCGAAAUAUCACACAAUCUCGUAUGGGACCAGAGGGAUACACUUACAGAACAAGAACACCAACUCCAUUUAAUCCUGCGGAUCUUCCACCGAGUUCAUCGACAAAUACUUAUGUAUAUAAAACUCGUGUUCCACGAAGGGUUGCGGAGGCUUCAGCUUUAUCUUCACCUGCAGAAAAUAUUGGUGGAGGAUUUCCAAUCACUAGAAGACGAGGAGCUGUGAAACAAAAUAAAGUUCAUAUUAUUCGAGGCCACAAAUUAGUCGCUAAAUUCUUCAGACAAUUUACAUUUUGUACAUUUUGUAAGGAAUUUUUAUGGGGAUUUGGAAAACAGGGUUAUCAAUGCCAAGCUUGUCAAACUGCGGUUCAUAAAAAAUGUCACGACAAAUUAUUAACAAAAUGUCCUGGAAGCGGAAGAGAGUCAGAAAGUACCAUUAAACCUAAUGCGUCUUUUACCAUGUUUAAUGGCAGUACUUGAGGGAGCGAUUCAAGGUGGACGUACCACACAGAUUUCGACCUCAUACCUUCAUGUCUCUAACUUUCUGCGAUCAUUGUGGAUCCAUGCUUUAUGGAUUUUAUCGUCAGGGCUUGAAAUGUGCCGAUUGCGACAUGGCCUG